ACCAAAAAUCACGUCAAUAGGGAAAGUGGCGUUUCGUUGUCGCCAUGAGUCGUUUUUUAGAGGCAUGUGCGGUGGGAAAACAAAGCAAAUUUCUCUGUUUUCGCUGUCACUUUCUUUGUAAUAAUAAACCUCGUGUCGUGUGUCUUCUUGCUCACCGCUCGAUUAAUCUGAUGAUUAUGUGUCUCAAUAGCACAUAGUUCUCUCCGCCUUUCUUGGAGAACAGGUGUUUGGUUCCCAGUUGAGAUCUCCGGAGAUUGACAAGUCCCAGUUGAGAUUUUUGGGUUGUUACAAGACCACUUACUUUAUAAGAUUAAAGACCAUGCAACACUCAAGAUUGAUCCAAAGAGAUAAGCAUGUUAUAUUCUGAUUUAAAUUAUGUGGGCCUCGAUAGAUUGGAUGUUACACUAAUGUAAUCUCUUCGUGUUGUAUGACUUCCGUUGUUGGAUAAUAGAAGAAAUCCCACUUUGAGAUUGAAGGCCUUAAUGGAGUCCCCAGGCCUAGCUCAGGAUACCGUAGAGGACAAGCCGAAAGUCGCAAAAAUGACCAAAGAAGUGCCAGAUCAUUUCAAGGAGUUGAAACACAGAUUUCUUAGUUUCAAAAAAGACAAAUACUUGAGCAACUUAGAGCACUACAAAGGGCUGGCUGAGGCCCAGGUGCCAAAGUUCAUGGUGAUUGCUUGUGCUGAUUCGCGGGUCUGUCCCUCGAGUAUCCUUGGUUUCCAACCAGGAGAAGCCUUUGUGGUCCGGAAUGUGGCGAACUUGGUACCACCACAUGAGAAUGGACCUACGGAAACAAAUGCUGCCCUUGAAUUUGCCGUCAAUUCUUUGGAAGUUGAAAAUGUACUGGUUGUUGGUCACAGCUGUUGUGGAGGAAUUAAAGCACUGAUGAGCUUGGAAGAUGAAAUAGUUUCAAGUAGCUUCAUCCGAAACUGGGUGAUUGCGGGAAAACCUGCCAGGUUGCAAACGAAGGCUGUUGCUUCGGACCUCAACUUUGAUCAGCAGUGCAGGCACUGUGAAAAGGAAUCAAUUAAUCGGUCGCUGAUGAACUUACUGACUUAUCCAUGGAUCGAAGAGCGGGUGAUUAGGGGGAAGCUUUCGAUCCAUGGUGGCUACUAUGACUUCACUGACUGUACUUUUGAAAAGUGGACGCUCGACUACAAGGGGAGUACCAUGAAGUCCGAGAGCUCAUGCUCGAUUAAAAACCGAGAAUUCUGGGCCUGAGUUUGCUCUCCUAUACCUUAUCUUUCUCUUUUACUACUCAGAGCAGUUCUAUUCAAGCUGUGUGUGUGAGGCUUAGAUUUUCUAUUGAAUUUGAUAUGUAUAACUCGAAAUAAUUGUAACACUACUCCCAAUAAAAAAUUUAUGUUAAUAUUGUGUUAGAUUCCUUUGAGGAAGCUCCAAUUUGACCUGAAACAGUUGAUUAAUUGUAAGAUUUUAGCAGUAAA